CCCAGCACCUGCGUAUAGACAAACUCUGUGUACUGUUUUGUCUGUUUCACUGUCCCAGCGGCUGUAGCGCACUAUCGCCCGUUAACAAAGUCCGCUGUGAUCGCUGUAGCCACCCUUGCCGUGUCCCAUCCUGCGCCUGUCACUGGUCAGCCUGCGCCCGCGCAAGCAGCCCAAAUGCCGGUUGACGUAGUCCAUUAAACGCAUCACCCGUUUUUUGCCAUUGCGCAGCCCCUCGGACCAUUCUCUCCAGAAAAUAAAACAAGGAAUAUGCCGGAUUCGACGAUAAAAUAGCCGCAAAAGCCCCUCAUCUUUAUUUUCUUGAAAAGAAGAAGGAAAGAGAAAGCCUCUGGUUUUGCGGUUGCAUUGUCUUUAUAGUGGACGCUACCGCACGCCCCAAUCCGCUAGCCGUCCACUAUCGCACCUCUCUCCUCCCCGCUGCCACCUAUAAGUGGUUUGCGCGUACCUUUCUCCAAACUUUCCGUCACCAUCAUCAACCUCAGCUCACAAACAAACCCAUUCAUCUUCAAACAAUCGCACUGUUUUUCUUCUUUUUUUCUUACUUCGCAACCGAAUCCAUCGACCUGCUUGCAAUAAUGGCUCCCGCAAUGGUCACUGCCACUGCCACUGCGCCGCCCGCUUCGGACCCUCGCAAGCUGCCCGUGGACAUUGUCGAUAUCCGCAAUGGCCAGGUCGACUUUGACAUGAAGGGUGAUAUCAUUUCCAUGAUGAACCCGUCUCAGGCACAGAGAAGCCUGCCCACUAUGCUACUUUACGAUGAAAAGGGCCUCCAGCUCUUUGAAGAGAUCACCUAUCUCGACGAAUAUUACUUGACGAACGCCGAGAUUGAGCUCUUGACUGAGUACUCGGAUCAAAUCGCCGCUAAAGUUCCAGCUGGCUCUCUUAUCGUAGAGCUCGGUAGUGGGUGUGUACCGUGCUAAGCGCUUCUUGUUUUGCUUGUUUCUCGUUUGCUUGCCGAGCCUCACUCUUCUCCCACCCGUUGCGAUUCGGAACCCAAUCGCCAUCCAUGAUCUUGGAGUUAACCUUGACUUGCAGAAACCUCCGCAAAGUAUGUCUUCUCCUCGACGCCUUUGAACGACAAGCCAAACAUGUCGACUACUACGCCCUCGACUUGUCCCAAAAGGAGCUCGAGCGAACCCUGUCACAAGUCCCUGCUUUUCAAUAUGUCAAGUGCCAUGGUCUUCUAGGCACAUAUGAUGAUGGAAAGGAGUGGCUUGCGGAACAGGCGGGCAGUGACAGGCACAUCUGCCUCAUCCAUCUUGGAUCUAGCAUCGGCAACUUUGGCAGAAUGGAAGCCGGUGAAUUCCUCGAAGGCUUUGCCACUGUUUUAAAGACGACGGAUACUGUGCUAGUGGGACUGGAUUCCUCCAUGAACCCAGACAAGGUGUACCAUGCGUACAACGACAAGCACGGAAUCACACACCAGUUUAUUAAAAAUGGCCUAACGCACGCUAACGACGUGCUCGGGGAGCCCGCUUUCCAUGUUGACGACUGGGAGGUGAUAGGAGAAUACGUCUACGACGCCGAGGGCGGCAGACACCAAGCCUUCCUCUCGCCUACCGAGGAGACCCAAGUCCUGGAUUAUACGGUCCAGUCCGACGAACGCAUCAAGAUUGAGCAGAGCCUCAAGUAUUCCGCCCUCGGUGCCAAGCAGCUGUGGGAGCGAGCCGGCCUCGUGGAACGUCAAGUCUGGCGCAAGACAAACGACUAUGGUCUGCACAUGCUCCAGCGCACCAAUCUUCCUUUCCGCAAGCUGCCCGCUCAGUAUGCACCUGAAUCCCUGCCAACAAUUGCCGACUGGGAGGCUUUGUGGGAGGUCUGGGAUAUUGUAACACGCCGUAUGCUUCCUGAUGCCGAGCUCGAAGAGAAGCCCAUCAAGCUUCGCAACGCCUGCAUCUUCUAUCUCGGCCACAUCCCUACCUUUCUCGAUAUUCAGAUCCACAAGGUGACCAAGCUUCCACCUACCGAGCCCGCAAGCUACUACCAAAUCUUUGAGCGCGGUAUCGACCCAGACGUCGACAACCCUGAGCACUGCCAUGCUCAUUCCAUCAUCCCUGAUGACUGGCCUCCUGUGACGGAGAUUCUGGAAUACCAGAACCGCGUCCGCCAGCGACUCGUCAGUCUCUACGAGGGUGGUCAGGACAACAUUGCGCGGGACAUUGGUCGCGGCAUCUGGGUCGGCUUUGAGCACGAGGUUAUGCACCUCGAGACGCUGCUGUACAUGAUGCUCCAGAGCGACAGGAUCUCCCCUCCCUCGCACCGACCCGUUCCCGAUUUCGCCGCGCUGGCCGAGCGAGCAAAGAAGCUGCGUGUUGAAAACGAAUGGUUCCAUGUCCCUGAGCAGACCAUUACCAUUGGCAUGGACGACGAUGAGAACGACCUCACCCUCACAGGCCCCUUUGGCUGGGACAACGAAAAGCCCGCCAGACAAACCACAGUUCCCGCCUUCCAAGCUCAAGGCCGCGCCAUGACCAACCAGGACUACGCCGAGUACCUUGUCGCCUCUAGCAUCGACAAGCUUCCCGCAUCCUGGUCGACUCUCGAGUCGGCCGCCGCACCAAGCAGCUUGUCCAACGGUCACCCAUCGCCCCAGACGCCCCUCAAGGCAUUUAUUGGCGGCAAGGCAGUGCGCACAGUCUAUGGCCUCAUCCCGCUGAAAUAUGCCCUUGACUGGCCUGUCUUUGCAUCCUACGACGAGCUCACUGGCUGCGCUGCGUACAACGGCGGCCGUAUCCCUACACUGGAAGAAGCACGCAGUAUUUACCGGUACUCGGAGCUGCAAAAAGAAAAGUUCAACCGCAGCAAGCUAUCCAACCGUGUCCCUGCUGUGAAUUCCCACCUCGUCAACGACGGCGUCGAGGAAACACCACCACAACACCCUGCUAAGGCCCAAGUCGGCGGUACCAGCACUUCGCUGUACGUCGACUUGUCCGGAACCAACACGGGCUUCUCGCACUGGCACCCGCAGCCCGUGACUGCGCUCGGGGGCUCUCUGGCAGGGCAGGCCGGCAUGGGCGGCGUCUGGGAGUGGACGUCGUCUGCGCUCGAGCGCCACGAGGGCUUUGAGCCCAUGGCGCUGUAUCCUGCGUACACGGCUGACUUCUUUGACGGCAAGCAUAAUGUCGUCCUGGGUGGGUCGUGGGCCACGCAUCCGCGUGUGGCGGGCAGGAAGAGCUUUGUCAACUGGUACCAGCGCAACUAUCCGUAUGCGUGGGCCGGUGCCAGAGUUGUCCGUGAUAUCUAACACGCCUCGAUACGAUAUCUUCUUUGAUUUUACUAUUUUGUAAGCGCCAGAUUGGUCUUUCGCGCUAGUAGUAACAGAUAUAUGACUUAGCAUAACUGAAUACACACCACUCUCAUUAAAGACACUCUCACUUUUGGCCAGAUACAUCGUGUGAAAACGCCUUUUAUAUUAUAUCAUUAAAAAAUCAUGUCUCCUUUUUUUUAUCCUUCUCUAACGUCCCGUCUAACCAUUCAGGCUUCCAUAGAUAUCAAGCAGCUGCUCAAACACAUACGUCGGCAGAUGCGUGCCAUUCUCUGUAAUCAAGUUGAAAAUCAAGUCGGGUGGCGUAUAAUCCACAGCGUCUUUUGGCUGCGCGCUCUCGCCAUCCAGCUUAAAGUCGAGAACCUGCUGGUCAAAGCCCAAAUCGCGCUGGUCCAACGGGAACUUCCUCACAAACUUGUGCGUCUCAGCAGCCACAAAGAACGGGAUCUUCGCGCGUGCCGCCAACUGGGCAAUCUGGAACGUGCCCAAUCGCGAGAUAAUACCACCAUUCUGCGUCACGGCCUCAGCACCCACAAUCACCAUGUGCACCUGUCGCAGCAGCCCCAGCACAUGUGCAAUCGCGGCAUCAUGAAUCUCCGCCACAGGGAUACCCUUUGCGCGCAGAUCCCGCACGACAUCGUCACUCUCAGCCUUUCUCGCCUCGUCGCGCACAUACACCACGCGGAACUUGCCUGCACCGAGCUCCUUGGCAGCGCGCUCCAGCAGGCCCGUCACGGAGCGCGAGGCGCCGUGCGUGAGGACGCAUUUCCCCUCGGACACGAAGCGCCAGCCAGCCUCUGCGAUGCCGUUGCGCGCAGCGACGGCGCGGCUGGCAAACAGGCUGCCGUUGCGGAUGAGGUGGUGGCGGACGGCGUCGAAGGAGCUGCCGUCCUGCUGCUUAAGCGAGGUCAUGAGGUACUGCAGGAAGAGGUCUGUGCCGGCGGUGAGAGGGACGGGGUUGGACACGGAGGCCUUGAGGCGGUCCGAGUGGGCUUUGACGGUGUCGAGGGUUUCGAAGACGGUGGUAGAGGGGACGGUGUUGAGGAGCUCGAUGAGGGAUUCGAUGGCCGCGACGGGCUUGGUCAGUUCGGGGUCCGACGCGAGGAGCUUGUUGUAUGUACCGACGAUGCUGUGGAAGGGGUUAGAGACUUGUAAGUGUAAGGGAUGCGAGUGAAUCGACGUACUCAAAGUCGGAGGUGCUGGCGGUGGUUGCGCUACGCAGCGGCAACGACGUUGUGGCGGCGUCGGUAGCCAUUGUGUGUUUGUGUGUGUUGUGUAUCUCUGUGGUGAUUAUGACACGUGCAACAAGGUAUUGGCAGUGGGCAGUGGAUACAGUACCAAAUCUGCUGGUGUCGAGCUCAGUAGUGGUGUGAUGUCGGAUGGGUGGUGG